AUGGAAGUCUAUGGGCUUAAAAUGAUGGUUAUGUCUCUGUUUCACUUAAUGCUUAUGACCGCGCUAGUCGAUUCAUCUUGUUCUUCGCAGACCUGUGGUACAUAUUCAUCUGGAUGUUCUGCCAACGCAAACUGCGUCUGCUUUCAAAUGGCAAACGGGACUGGCUUGUGUGCUACUAAUCUAGUUUCUUAUGCUAACCUGAGUCCCUGUGAUGAAAAUUCGUCGUGCCCAGAAAAUAAUACAGUUUGUGUCCUCAAUAGUUGUUUUGGACAACCACUCUGCUAUCCAUUAGAUCGUGCGGAUUCGAGUGUAUGUCCACCAUCAAAUUCGUCUGCAUCAUCCAGUUUACGUCCUACUGUAACGGUUAUCCAAACUGUUACGCAAACACAGACGCAAACAAUCACACCGGCACAACCUUCUCGUCCCGUAUGUUUUCAUGGAGAAACAACCGUUUUGAAAGAAGACGGUUCAAUUUGUUUAAUGCGUAACCUUGCUGCUAGAGAUCGAAUAUUGGUAUCACGAGGAUAUCAAUUACCUCCUGUAUGGAGUACUGUCUUAGCAGUUGAUGUAUAUCAAUACUACAAUAUGAAAAAACCAAUUGAAUACUUAGAAAUACACACAACUUCAUUAUCCUCUACAUUACAUAUAACUCCAAUGCAUUCUUUACUGCUAAAAAAGCACAACUACACUCAACCCCAGUAUGCUUUUGCACAUGAAGCUCGUGUAGGUGACUCUGUUUACAUAAUAAAUCAUGGGCAAAUUCCUGAACAAGUAAUGAUUACUAAUAUUCAACCAAGAAUAUUUUAUGAUGCAUAUGCACCAUUAACAUUUGAGGGAAAUUUCGUUGUUAACAAUAUUAUAGUUUCAACUUAUGGAACAUUUCAACAUGAAGUCGCACACUAUUUGGUUAAAGCUCCUCGUCGUUGGUGGCUACGAUUAUGUUCGAUUUUUUUUCAAAAACAUACUAUUGAACGCCUUGACAACUUUUUUCUUCGUAUGAUAACUAACAUAUGA